GGGAUUUCUGGUUUGAUGUGAGUCCUGUCAGGACAGUCAUACAACCAGUGAUCGGGACUACCGCACGCAGCGCACGGCCUCGAAGGUUUAUGCUGUGCUCGGUUGGGACAAUCGCGUGGUGGAUGGCCCUUCUCCCCACAAAUGGGACAUCUCGUGCGAUAGGCCUUCCGUUCCUCCAUGGGCACAGUGCAAUCGACAGCCCAAUGAUCGGGACUACCGCAGUGGUCGCAGGGGAUUUCUGGUUUGAUGUGAGUCCUGUCAGGACAGUCAUACAACCAGUGAUCGGGACUACCGCACGCAGCGCACGGCCUCGAAGGUUUAUGCUGCGCUCGAUUUGGACAAUCGCGUGGCGGAUGUCCCUUCUCCCCACAAAUGGGACACGUCAUGCGAUAGGCAUUCCGCACUUUACUGGACGCAGUACAAUCAACAAACCAAUGGUCCGAGCUACCGCAUCGGCGGCAACGGACGUUUGGUUUUAUGUGAGUCCUGUCAGGACAGUGGCGUAUCAGAUGAUCAGGACUGCUGCACGCGAUGCACGGCUUCGAAGGCUUAUGCUGCGCUCCGUCGGAGACUUCAUUUUUGGCCACGUUGACGUCGGAGGCCGCAUCGACCGCGGUCUUUCCAGCCAGGCUAUUCUCCGUGAUAGCAGAACUAGCGUCGCUGUCUAAGGCCAUGGAAGAUGGAGGACGAGACGACGGUGCAGUGGUAGUUAGCUGAUCCGGGAUGGAAUCAAUGGACAAGC